AUGGCGCCACCCAAGAUCACGUUGUAUGUCGACAUUGUCAGCCCCUUUGCCUAUAUGGGGUAUUAUAUGUUGAGGAACUCUCCGAUUUUCAAGUCCGUGGAAAUCACAUAUGUGCCGAUCCUCCUGGGCGGACUGAUGAAAGCGUGCGGCAACCGUGCACCGCUAGAAAUUCGCAACAAGGACAAGUGGAUAAAUGUGGAACGUCUAAGGUGGGCUCGUCAAUUUGGCAUCCCCAUGUCACUGAAUAGCCCAGCCGGCUUCCCCAGACCAACGCUCCAUCUCCAGCGAUUUUUGACUGGGUUGAACAUGUCUCACCCGGAAUUACUCCCCACGGCGCUCGACGCGCUGUAUGCGGCUCUGUGGACCGAGCCGAAUGAGUCCGCGCUCCCGGAUCCGAAGGUAUUCGCUCAAGUGCUGGGCAAGAUGCUCCCUGAGGAAGUGGUGCGAGAGGGGAUCGAGAAGAUGGGGUCGGAGAUUGUGAAGAAGGAGUUGUUGGCCCGGUCGAAUGAGGCAUUCGAGGUUGGUGCUUUUGGUCUACCGUGGUUUCAAUGUACGGAUACCAAGGGCAGGACGGAAGGCUUCUGGGGUUUCGAUCAUCUGGGCCAGGUCGUUAGGUUCCUUGGCUUGGAUGGGACUCUAGAUCCAAAAGGAGAGUUGAGGGCCGUGUUGUGA